AUGCCGGUCAUGACGGCGGACAAAUGGCGCCUGAACAAGUCGCCGCAGGAGAUCCGGACGGAGCACACGAUCCCCACACACACAGGCUACGGCACGACGCUCUCGGGGCAGGAGGACUACCACAAUGACCUGCUGCUUAUUUUGACUCCUCGCGAUAGCGGCGGCGGCGCGAAGCAGCCACUGCAUCCAGACGGAGACGCGGCCGCGGGCCAGGUAGCCGCGGCGAGCGACGCUGGAGCGACUUUGAAAGCAAAGGUCGAGGGAUCGGCGAAGAUUACCGUGGGCAAGUUGGUGAGGGAUGCGGACAACGUCGAGAAGGGCAAGGCUGUUAAGCAAGGCGGCUAA